CCUUUAUUAUAAACUCAGUUUGGUUUCACUUCACUUGAAAGUGCAUAUUUUUUUCUGAGGUUUUGUGUUUUUUUCUCUCAUCUGGGAUCCAUAAAAAUUGUCUAUUUUGUAACUUUUUCUUCUUUGGAAGAAAGCAUCAAACACUUGGUUUUCUGGUCAGUCAUGAAUAACAUUCCUGAUUGGAAUUUUGAUGGCGAUCUCCCUGUGAAUGGCCAAAAGAAUCUUACUGGGGCUAACCAUGACUUAGUAGAGCUCCUAUGGCGAAAUGGGCAGGUAGUUUUACAAAGCCAGACACACAGAAAAGCGAGUCUUGGACCUAAUGAAUCCAGACAAGUUCAAAAAAAUGACCAACAAGCUAUAAGGACUGGUGGGUCAUAUGGGAAUUCAAUCAAUAUGGUUCAAGAAGAUGACGCAGUGCCCUGGAUUCAUUACCCUCUUGAAGAUGCCUUUGAGAAAGAUUUUUGUUCCAAUUUUUUCUCUGAAUUACCUUCCUGUGAUCCAAUUGAUAUUGAUAAAUCUAUCAGACAUAUUGAUGAAGAGAGGUUAUCAAAGUUUGGUGGUUCUGAUACAACUCAUGCUCUCUCAACCUCCCAACACCACAAACUCAAGCCCUCCUCCAAUGGUGCGGUGCCUUGUCCUGAAAAUCAUCACAUGCCUCCUCCAAGGCUCCAUUACAGCAAUUCAACCCAUCAAAAACAGAACCUGGGACCCUUAGGAAAAGUGGUCAAUUUCUCUCAGUUUUCUACCGUGGGGAAGUGUGAUGUGAGGCCACAACAACAUGUGGCAGUGAAAGAAACCGGGACCCAAGGAGAGGUCAGAGAGUGUUCAGUAAUGACAGUCGGGUUGAGCCACUGUGGAAGCAACCAACUUGCAGCUGACCUUGAUGUGAGCUGGGUUUCCAGUAACAAUGGCGAUGGGACCACUGGUUUGUCUGCGGGAGCUUUCAAGGACGAUGUUCAGAAAAUCUUGCCUCGGAGUGAGAGUGGAAAGACUGAGACUCUUGAGCCUACUGUUACUUCAUCUUCUGGUGGGUCUGGAAGCAGUUUUGGAAGAACUUGCAAGCAAUCUACAGCUACAACUGGUGCCAAUAACAAUAACAAAAGAAAGAAUAGAGAUGCAGAGGAACUAGAGUGCCAAAGUGAUGUUGCUGAACAUGAAUCUGCUGCUGCAAAUAAGUCAUCCCAACGAUCUGGUUCAUCGCGAAAGAGCCGAGCUGCAGAAGUUCAUAAUCUUUCAGAAAGGAGACGAAGAGAUCGAAUAAAUGAGAAGAUGAAGGCACUGCAAGAGCUCAUACCUCAUAGUAACAAGACAGAUAAGGCAUCAAUGUUGGAUGAAGCAAUUGAGUACUUGAAGUCACUUCAAUUACAACUCCAAGUAAUGUGGAUGGGAAGUGGGAUGGCACCAAUGAUGUUUCCAGGAGUACAGCACUACAUGUCACGGCUGGGCAUGGGAAUGGCUCCACCUGCCUUGCCUUCCAUUCACAACCCAAUGCAUUUGCCCAGGGUCCCAGUGGUUGAUCAAUCCAUGAUUGGGCCUCCAACUACAGACCAAUCUGUUUUGUGCCAAACCCCAGGUUUUAACCCCAUAAAUUACCAGAACCAGAUGCAAAACGCCUCUUUUCAAGAGCAAUAUGCACGUUACUUGGGGUUCCAUCCUAUGCAAACAGUUUCUCAGCCUAUGAACUUGUUCAGAUUUAAUCCACAAGCAUUACAACAGAGUCAAUCUAUAGCACAACAGGGCAUUAGCACCGCACCUUCAAAUUCUGGAAUUCCAACUAAUGGAGCUUUAACUGGCAAGAUGGGUUGAUGAGUGAGUCUAUCAAGAAGCUUAUCCGAUUCCUAUGGUCCCCCAAAAAAGCUAUUUAGCUAGAAUUCUUUGCAAGAUGGUAAAAAUUACUACAAAGGGUAUAAUGGUCUGAUCUUGCUUGCUCAAUAAUUAGCCUGAUAUUUCUGAUAAAGGGUAUCCUUUUUUACCCCUUUUUUUUAACUAUGUAUAUGUCUCUGAAACAGCUUGUUAAAGAGUGAUUAGAACAAAGAAAUCUCUCUCAUUCAGUACUAAACUUGCUCUAUAAAUCAAUGAUCAGAUGAAAUAUAACAUAUCAAGUUCUGGUUUA